UUUUAUUUAAUUCCGAGCAUUUUCAUAUUUAUCUACCUUUUAAACCUUCUCUGGACUUCCACAAAUAAUUCAAGACCAAAAUUAGUCAAAUCGGUCCAGCCGUUCUCGAGUUUUAGCGAGACUAACAAACAGCAAUUCAUUUUUAUAUAAGUAUAGAAGAAGAAGAUAAUUAUAGUUCUUAAUCGUAUUCCGGAAGGAAAAAAAGGUCGUCCAUACGACGCUAUUUUUAAAGUUCGUAAAUAUGAUAUUAUUUUAACGGUUACUUAAGGGACAACUUAUGGCUUCGCGACAUACUGCAUGCUAAUGACAGAAGUGUCGCUCUGGUCCAACACGUCACAUUGUUAAAAACUUAAAAAAUUCAGUUCUGUCGGCAGUCUUCAUGACUGCUUAGUUUUUUAUGACACUUUUUUUUAUUUUAAGAAGAAGGUUGAUUUCGAUUUUUAUAGUUAAUUAAAGUAUCGGUUAUAAAUUACGGGUGACUAUUGAACAAGAUGAGUUGUUUUAUUUGCAUGUUUUAUUUCUAACUUUUAUAUUUUAGUUUUUCUCGUAACCUAAUACGAUGCGGAGAAUGGACAUCAAUCGUCAGUCAACAAAGAUAUACCAGAUGAUGGCGGUGAUACUGAAGUCGGUCGUACAGGUUCAAUGUUUUAUUUAGAAAAUAACAAGGAAUUCAAAUCUCCUGCUACUUCUCUGAGUAUAGGCUCAAUUUUGGAUACACCUCGAAAAGCGCACAGAAAAAGUGAACUCCACAAAUGCCACAGAAGGCUAAUUAGCAAGGAGAAAGUCAUUAACAACUUAAGGAAGAAAAAAUCUAGACUUGUUAAAAAUACCAUUUCACUUAAGAAUGCAUUAAAAGUUUUAGAGAAAUUAGAUUAGAUUAAUUAGAUUAGAUUUAAAGAUUUAUGUACACAUGUCCUACCCAAAAACAUAUUUACGCUCAGAUAAAAGUAUAAUUAUGGGUAUAGAAAACAAUUUAACUAACUUUAAAAAUACUAACUAAAUGUCUUAUAAUAAAAAAAAAUACAAAUAUUCGUCUUCACUCCAUGUCCUGUCCUGCCGGCUAACUUCGGUCGUAAAAUUUGAUUGGUUAUUGUACACUGCUUUGUAAUAGCAACUUUAAAUAAUGCGCUUAAAGUUAAAUUUGCAAAAGAUAUGUUUAUAGUUAACUAUAACUACGUAGAUAUAAUUGGUGAGUGUUUCGGGACAGUUUCGUGUGCUACUUUUGUAUGAAACUGUGUAUCUUGGGUUUUUAUAUAUCCAUGGGCGUAGCACAGAAAGGUAACACAGGAUGCGCGCUCGCAAGUCAGAUUUCGACUAAUGGCGGUGGAUCGGUAAAAAUGCGACGACCGGUUCGUCUAUGCACCGAUGUAGUAGCGAAAUAUUAUCGCCACCGCUAUACUGCAGUUAUCGCCUGACUUUGCUUGUGAAUUAAUUUUGUUUAUUGUAAAUAAUGUUUUGUAUGAUUGUGUGAUAAAUGAAUGUGUUGAUAUAAAAUAAAGUAUGUAUGUAUUGUUGUGUAGUGUAAUUAUAAUAAAAUAUUAUAAAAUAAAUAAAUACAUGUCAGUCACCCACAUUGUGUUUAAGAAUCAAUAUCAUUGAAAGCCUUAUAAGCAUACUACGUACGUAAAAUUGGAUACUAAAAUCAAACGUUAGCAAAACAGUGCUACAGAUGUAGUGAGAAAAUAUUUUUCUUCGAGAAAACUUGGAUACGGGACCGAUGGUACUCUCGCCCUAUUUGGAGAAAGACGUCGAAAGAAAGCUCCAGGCAUAGACACGAACAAACUGAAUGUAUUGUCUGCCAAUAUUCAGGCCAGCUGCAGACGAGAUCAUAGCUCUCAUCUUCGUAGCAUUUGUGAAGAGAUCGAAAAACAUGCUACGAAGCAUGAAUCUAGAGAUCUCUACCACAAAAUAUGGUUCAUUACCAAAUUAUUGCCAUCUAAGACCUGGGCUAUUGUAAAUGACAAAAACGAACUGAUAACAGAGUUGGAUCAAAUCUCUGAAACAUGGUAGAGCUACGCUCAAUCGUUAUACCAGGAUCCACAGUCACGGCAAUUUACAAGUACAGACCCAAAUGAUGAGGAUUUGGAGCCGAGCAUUCUGUCUGAGGUUAGGGCUGCUAUACAACACCUCAAAAACAGAAAAGCGAUUGGCAGAGAUGCAAUUCCUAUUGAAACAAUAAAAGCCUUAGGAGAACACGAUGAUCACAUAUUUCAUAAGAUAUGCAACAGUGUAUGACAGACGGGAGCUUAGCCGUCGGAAUGGACACAUACCGUGCUUACUACCCUGCAUAAAAAGGGCUCUACGAAGAAAUGUAACAACUAUCGCCUAAUUGCUCUUACAUCACAUUCUAGCAACAUUUUGUUACAUAUUCUAAAUGAGCGAUUGAAGACUUAUCUAUCUGUAAAUGUCUGUCUGUAAAUUAUAAACAUAUAUUAACAGAUAUAUGUAGGUGUAAACGAAAUUUAAUUAAUUUUUUGAUAUAAAUAUGUCAGAGAUAAAAAAAAAAUUAAACGAUAUGCAAAUGUUUUAUCAAUUGUAAAUAGUAGUAUUUUAGUAUAAAUAUGGCGAAGUUGUAAAUUUAAUUUCAGUCAGUAGUACGGCUAAGAAUAUGCGGUCUACCAUUAUUUUGUUGGCCCUUGGGCUUGCUGCUGUGGCGGCUGUUCCUACCAACCCACAAAGGAUUAUUGGUGGCUCCACGACCAACAUUAACCAGUAUCCCGGUAUAGCUGCUUUGUUGUAUACAUGGAAUUGGAAUCAGUGGUGGCAGUCUUGUGGUGGAAACAUCCUUAACCAGAGAUCUAUCCUUAGUGCCGCUCACUGUCCAUACGGUGACGCUACAGGCCGUUGGCGUAUUCGUGUUGGUUCCACCUUUGCCAACAGUGGGGGUGUUGUGCAUAACGUGAACAGAAUUAUCAUUCAUCCCAACUAUAACAGACGUACUGCUGACAGUGACCUCUGCAUCUUACGCAGUAAUUCCAACAUAGCUUAUAACAACAACGUUCGUCCUAUUAAUAUUGCUGGUGCCAAUUACAAUCUUGGUGAUAACCAAGUUGUUUGGGCUGCUGGUUGGGGUGCUACAUCGCUCGGAGGGUCUAAUUCGGAGCAACUCCGUCACGUCCAGGUCUGGACCAUCAAUCAGAAUGCCUGCGUCCAACGUUACAGACCCAUUAACCGUGCUAUCACCGCUAACAUGUUGUGCUCUGGUGUUUUGGACGUCGGUGGUCGCGACCAGUGCCAGGGUGACUCCGGUGGUCCUCUCCUCCACAACCGCGUCCUCGUUGGUGUCUGCUCUUGGGGACAGUACUGCGCUGACCGUCGCUUCCCUGGUGUUAACGUUCGCGUUUCCCGUUUCACCUCUUGGAUCCAAUCCAAUUCGUAAAAAUGUUAAAGAAUGAUCUUAAUUCAAAUAUAAAAGCACCAUAGAA